UCGGACCUGUCAAUCAUCCGGUCGGCGCCCUUUGAUGUCGGGACUCUUUGACUUGUCUUUGGGCUCAAAUGAGCUGUUUGCUGUUGUAGGGAAACAUUAGUCCUCUCUACAACAGGGAGCACGGGGACGCCACAUCUGAACUUUAUCCGUACAUGUGGUGCGGGUUUUUGCACUUUGGACUGCGGAUAUUUAACAGAAAGUCUCUGCUUUAUUUGUACUUUUUUGUUGGUUCCAAUUCAUCUUUGAAAAAAAGUGUUUAACAACGCAAGGGAGGUGGAAAGUAGCAGACAUGCCACAGCUCAGCAGCGGCGGUGGGGACGACCUGGGAGCGAAUGAUGAGAUGAUAGCGUUCAAAGACGAAGGAGAGCAAGAGGAGAAAAUCCAAGAAAACGCGUUCACGGAGAGAGACCUGGCCGACCUCAAGUCCUCUCUGGUGAACGAGUCGGAAAUAAAUCAAAGUCCGAACGCAGCGGCGGUCAGACGGGCACAACAGGGCGAACAGAGGGGCUUCUCGGAGAAACACCGGGAGCAUCUGAACGGUGUGUCGAAGCAACAAGAUGGAGGCAUUUACAAGACGCCGGCUUAUCCGGGGUACCCGUUCCUGAUGCUGCCUGACCCCUACCUCCCCAACAGCUCGGUCUCUCCAUCUUCAAACAAAGUGUCGGUGGUACAGCAGUCUCAUGGGAUGCACCCUCUGACAUCUCUCCUGCCCUACAGCAAUGAGCACUUCAGCCCCAGUCCUCCACACCUGCCCACAGACAUGAGCCAGAAAACAGGCAUUCACAGGCAUCAGUCCCAGGACCUCUCAGGGUACUACUCCCUCCCUCCAGGCAGUGUCGGCCAGAUCACUCCCUCCAUGGGCUGGCAGAGUCAGCCAGUCUACCCCGGCCUGUCCCCCUGUGGAUUCAGGCAGCCCUACUCCUCCAACCUCCCCGGCUCCUCCUCCUACUCCAGGUUCCCUCACUCUCUGAUGCUGGGCCCAUCAGGCAUGCAUCCUACAGGGAUCCCCCACCCAGCCAUAGUGCCCCCUACAGGCAAACAGGAACAUGACCAUUAUGACAGGGGCAUGUAUGCGAAGCCGCAGAUGGAGGUCAAACGGGAGAAGGAGCCCAAAAAGCCGGUCAUCAAGAAACCCCUGAACGCCUUCAUGCUCUACAUGAAGGAGAUGAGGGCGAAGGUCAUUGCAGAGUGCACAUUAAAAGAGAGCGCCGCCAUCAACCAGAUUCUGGGACGAAGGUGGCAUGCGCUGACCCGGGAGGAGCAGGCGAAGUACUACGAGUUGGCCCGGAAAGAGAGACAACUCCACAUGCAGCUCUACCCGACCUGGUCUGCCAGAGACAACUACGAGGCGGGCCUUAGCGGGGUCGCAGGGGAAAAGAGUAAAGCUGAUUGGGGCAAGAAAAAGAGGAGAAAAAGGGAGAAGCUGCAGGACUCCAAUACAGACCCGGGCUCUCCUAAGAAAUGCAGAGCUCGCUUCGGCCUCAACCAACAAACGGACUGGUGCGGUCCCUGCAGGAGGAAAAAGAAGUGCAUUCGCUACCUUCAAGGAGGAGGCUGUCCCAGCCCAUCUUCUUCAGAUUUAAGUGCUAUAGACUCUCCCCCCUCCCCCUCCCCCAAUCGCCAUCGUCUCUACCAGCAUCAACGGCCACUCUCCCCGGGCUGCUCCACGCCUCCCACCUCCCCGUCAACACGCCUCCCCUUGUCUCCGCCAGCACACAUGCACUCACACACACGCCUGCCCCAGCAGCAGUCUGUGAGCAAGCGCGGAGACCACCGACAUACCGCAACCAAACCCUCCCACACACACCUGGAACUGUCCAGCAAGCAGACCCACAGCUCGACGACGGCGCUGUCAGCCGCCAAGGCAGCAGGACUUUCUCUUAAAGUGCUAACAGAGACUCAGUGAUCCAUCAGGUCUUCUCACAUCACUGACCCUCUUCCCUUCCUCCAGAGCCGUAUAGAUCCACUUCCUCCUCACAGUUUACGAUAUUCUGUGUUCAGAGGCUGAAUCCUCCAAGUGUCUGUGGUUCUAGACCAAAUAAAUCGACAGGUCAAUAAGGUUCUAUUCCUUCUCAAAGUCAUCUUCACAGAUCAGUCCUGCCUUGGAGACAGCUCUGCCUCAUAAAUCAUUUUACAAGCCAUACGCCCCCCUGAUGCUCCCAUUUAAAGUUAACCCUGUGCUUUCUCGUCCAUGACAAUCACAAACAAAGACGUUUUUUUAAAGAGCUCUUUGCUUCAUUAACUACAGGGUAUGGAGUUCUCAGAGCUAAAACAGCAUCAAGGUGAGGCCUGUUGUAGUGUUUUACAUAAACAUUUAACUCUAAAAAUCUACAACUAUCAUUCAGACCAAACCUGAGGGAAGCGAAAACCAGCAGAGCCAGCCUGACCAGCAGAACCCCCGCUCUAAAGAGAUGAAUGAAUAGACUUUUUACUCAUCAUUUUGUUAAUCUUCAGUUUCAUUACAUGUCAGAACAUUUUAUAAAUAUGUGUGCAUUAGCUUUACAGAAUAAAAAAAACAUGUAACAGGUUAAAAAAAAAAAAGUCCAAAUGACACAAGUCAGAGCAUAAAAUACGUUAAGUUACUUUCUUUUCUAGGCACUUUCAGGCUGUCAGUACUUUGCUAUAUCAAUCGAUUCCUGUUUGUUCAGCUUCCUCUGAAGUUCUGUUAUUUCUGUUUGACUCUCAUAUACAUUUUUAAAGGUCAGAUGUUUUUCUGUUGAAGAGAAAAAGAGUUAUUUUUUUCUUUUGACUGAACAUUUUUGCAGCUCCGUAAACUUCUGAGACCAAAUGGGUACUAUUAUAUUGCAUUGUGUUGUAAAGUUUUAUAAAUGUUGGAAUUCCCUAUUAUAAUUAAACUUUUAUAUGUUUUUAUGAAAAAAAAAUGAAACAAAAAAAAAAGAUUUUAGUUUGUACCAUUUCUUAAAGCAAUACAUUUAGUGUUUGUCUUUGGUGCAGAAUUCAAUUUUUUUCUUUGGUCAAGUGUUACAGCAGGAUCGUAUCAAAGAUCGUUGUGUUCUCAAUCUGUGCAUGUUCAAACUUCAAUGUAAAGAAAAAACAAGGCUUUCAUUUACUGUUCUGCUUGCAGCUUCAAACUCAACUGACAGCACUGUGAGCGAACCGUAGGCCGAGUUCUUGUUCAGCAAAACCGUUUCCCUCCAGCAGAGAGAGCUCUUGGGCUAGAAAUAGCUUGUUUUUUUUUUGUUGUUUUUUUUAGGAUGUUCACGUCAGUAGUGGCAACAACUCCAAGAUGUCUUUUGUAUUUUUUACGCCUCUGAUGUAUUUCUUGUUUUUGUUUGAUGUAUUAAAAGUGUUUUUAAUAUCUUG